AGGCUGCCACCACGACGGCCUUCCCGGCAUCCCUGACCUUCAGCGGUUCCAGCGGCGGCGCCUUAGUUGCCACGGCGCUGGGCACGGGGCUGCGGCCCAGGGAGAUCUUUGAGAUGGUGGUGAAGAAACAGCCAGAGUGCAAGUACAACCCCUUCCGCAUGCUCCCCGCAGCUGAAGAAGUCUUGCAGAAGGCCUUGCCCGAGAACUCGCACGAGAGCUUGUCAGGGCGGGUGCGGAUCCUGCUGACCCGGGUAUCCCUGAAGUAUCCCUUCUUCACUGCGGAAGUGGUCAACAAGUUCAGCAGCAAAGAAUCGGUUUUCCACGCCUUGAGAGCUUCAUGCCACGUUCCGAUUCUGGGUGGCUUUGGACCCUAUCGCUAUGAUGGCCAUGCCUACUUUGAUGGCAUGUUCUGGCCGCAGGUCCUGGUUCCCUGGAAAGGCACCGACAGCGACCUGGUGAUCCGCGUGGCUGCGUUGCUGCGGAACCUCUCCAGUGACAUCAAAGCGCCAUCGGUGCCCACCUGGUGGUCCGUGUUUCCUCCUGAGGAGGACGUUCUACGAGGCCUCUACUGGCAAGGCUACAGCGAUGCCGCACGAUGGUUCACCCAGGGUCCUCAGAGUGCUUUUGAUUGCAUCUCUUGCAGAGCUUCCGUUGCUCCGAGCGGUAUGAGAAGGCGAUCCUCCACCAAAGGUCGCAAGGCCGAGGAGGACGAGGAACCCAAAGAUGACCGACCUGCAGCACUGUUGGAGGUUCAAAAACUGCUGUUGAAAAAACCUGCAGACGAAGCACUUCCGGAGUCAGAUCCACUGACAGGACGAUCGCCUUUGGAGUACAUUGCCAUCAUGGAGGAAACGAUGCGCUGGCAGAAGAAGUGGCUGUGGAUUGUGUCAGGGAUCUCGAUCUUUCUCAUUUUCCUGUGGAUCCUCUUCGGCUGGUUCUGACACAGAUGUGACGCAUGUGAGGUGCCCAGGGCCAGGGUGGUG